AUGGCAGAUGAAACUACAGAUGUCUCUUCAAAAUUUCAAAUGGUCGUUGUCUUGCGCUACGUACACGAAGGCAGUCCUGUGGAAAGAUUUUGGGGAUUCAUAAAUCCGGAAAAGCACGAUGCUGAGUCUUUAACGCAUUCUAUUCGUUCCGUACUUGAUCCAUUAUUGAAAGAAAAUUGUAAUAAAUUGAUUGCUCAAGCUUACGAUGGCGCGGUUGUUAUGAGCGGUACGCACGCCGGUGUUCAUACAAGAAUAAGAGAAAAGUAUCCCCUGGCCUAUUUUGUGCAUUGCUACGCUCACCAGCUAAAUUUGAUAAUGUCGCAAGCAGUUUCACAAAACACGCAA